UCACUGAUGUGCGCUAAUGAGGCUGCAGUGAUGGGCACUGACAGACACUGAUACGUGGCACUGAUGAGGAGGCACUGGUAGGUUGCACUGAUGGACAUUGACAGGCAUCGCUGAUGGGCACUGAAAGGCAGCACUGAUACAUGACACUGAUAGGCGGCACUGACCGGCACGGUUAGGCGGCACUGAUAGGCAUUUAUAGGUGACACUGACUGGCACUGAUGGGUGACAUUGAAAGGCAGCUCAGAUGGGCACUGAUAUGUGGCAUUGAUGUGUACUGGUAUGCACUGAUGGACACUGACAGGUGGCACUGCUGGGGCUACACUGAUCAUCAGGUCACACUGAUCAUCAGGGCCCUGAUGAUAAGUGUACAU